GCACCACGACUGCACGCCCGGCCCCGGUGACAGCAGACGCCGCCCGCCGCCAUCCAGGUGCUCACCUCGGAGAGAGCGUCUCUACGGGCCCGCCCUGUCUUCGGAGCUCCUACCUGGAUGAGGAAGACUACCAGCACCGUGCUAUGUUUUGUCUGCGAGGACCGCCAACUCAGGCCCCGAACCCCCUCCCCGGAAAAAUGAAGCGGCCACACGGUCCAAAAAUGAGGACGGCCGCAUUUUGAGUCGCCCGUGUCGUGUCCACCCGAAGCCGGCCAGCGAAGCCGCCACCUAGGGGGCAAGGCUACCAGACUUCGCGGCGCCAUGGCGGGGCUCAUCAAGAAGCAAAUCUUGAAGCAUCUCUCCAGGUUCGCCAAGAACCUGUCGCCCGACAAGAUCAACCUGAGCACGCUGAAGGGCGAGGGCCAGCUCACCAACCUGGAGCUGGACGAGGAGGUGCUCCAGAGCCUGCUGGAUCUUCCCACCUGGCUGGCCAUCAACCGCGUGUGCUGCAACAAGGCUGCCAUUCGUAUCCCGUGGACCAAGUUGAAGACGCACCCAAUUUCUCUGACACUGGAUAAAGUGGAAAUGGAAAUGAGGACCUGCGAUGAACCCCGCCCCCCCAACGGCCCCUCCCCCAUAGCCACCGCGUCCGGCCAGAGCGAGUACGGCUUCGCGGAGAAGGUGGUGGAGGGCAUGUCGCUGUCCAUCAACUCCAUCGUGAUCCGCAUCAGCGCCAAGGCCUUCAACGCGUCCUUCGAGCUCUCGCAGCUGCAGGUGUACAGCGUCAACACCAGCUGGUGCGUCAGCAACCUGCGCUUCACGCGCAUACAGGACCCGCAACGGGGAGAGCUCCUGACGUUCAAGGAGAUCAGCUGGCAGAUGAUCCGCAUCGAGGCCGACGCCAUCCAGAGCGCCGAGCACGACAUGCUGAGCGCACCCAUUCGCCUCAUCACCAACCAGUCCAAAAUUCGAGUCACGCUCAAGCGACGCAUGAAGGACUGCAACGUGGUGGCCUCCAAGCUGGUUCUGAUCCUGGACGACCUUCUGUGGGUGCUGACCGACUCGCAGCUCAAAGCCAUGGUGCAGUACGCCAAGUCGCUCAGCGAGGCCAUGGAGAAGUCGGCGCAGCAGAGGAAGAGCUUGGCCACCGAGGAGCAGGCGUCGUCCGGGCCGCCCUCGGCCCAGCAGGCGCGCACGCAGCAGACGUCGACGGCCGCCGAGCAGAGCGCCACCAUGGCCAAGCUGUUCAGCGACUACGACGUGUGCGAGACCUCGCACCACCUGCAGAUCACGCACCUGGACCUGCACAUCUGCGACGACAUCCACGGCGCCGACAAAGCGAUCAACAAGAGGAUCUCCGGUGGAGCCAUGCAGUUGUCCUUCAGCUCCAUCACGCUGGACUACUACCCGUUCCACAGAGCAGGCGACAGCUGCAGCCACUGGAUGCACUACAGCGAGGCCACCAAAACGCGAGAGGGCUGGGCGCGCGGCCUCCUGGACGAGUUCAAGUCCAACGUGGAGAUGCUGAAGAACGUGGUGCGAGGGCAGCAGGGCGCGGCUCCGGCGCACAGCUCACCUGGCAAGAUCAACACGUCGUCCACCUCGUCCUUCAGCCCUCUGCCUGAGAGUCACAAGACGCAGCUCAUGUCCAGCUCCGUGGUCCUCAGGGUGGCCGACUUCAGCAUCUACCAGGUGUCCACAGCGGACCAGCGUCGCUCCAGUCCCAAAACCAUGAUCUCCUGCAACAAGAAGUCCUUGUACCUUCCUCCAGAGAUGCCGGCCAUCCACGUCGAGUUCACCGAGUACUAUUUCCCAGACGGAAAAGACUAUCCCGUCCCGUGUCCCAAUCUGUACGCGCAGCUGAACGCCCUGCAGCUGGUCCUGGAUCCCCGCAGCCUGGUGUGGAUCAACCUGUUCGCUCUGGACCUGCGGCAGAGUCUGGAGCAGUUCAUGGAGAUCUACAAGCUCAACGACUCGCAGAAGCCCGACGAGCACGUGGACAUCAAGGUGGACGGCCUCAUGCUGAAGCUGGUGAUCCCGGCCGAUCGGGACCCCUCGUGCCCGCCCGACCUUCCUCGCUCCGUCUCGGUGCAGACGUCCGAGAUGGUGGCCACCAACACCCGGCACCCGGCCAACUGCACCCGCGCCCACCUGGAGGCCCUCCUGCACGCCUUCCAGGAGGAGCCCUUCUUCUCGCCCUCCUUCGUCUCCUUUCCUCGCUCCUCGUCCUCGCUGCCGCUCCUCCACCCCGUUUUCCACUCCCACGCCCACGAGCAGGACACUCGGCUGCACGACAUCUACCGGGGCCUGGUGGUGCCCGCCAUGAGGGCCGACGCCCUCAAAAUGCCGGCCGCCGCUGACUUUUGGGCGCUGCACUUUGCACAAUUUUGGGUGGACUACGAGGGAAAAGGGCGGCCGCAGCCCUUCGUGGACUCUUUCCCCCUCACCGCGUGGGCCUGCCAGCCCGCCAAGCUCCUCCAGCACCAGGAGAUGCUGAGAGGAACGUCCCGGAGCUCCUCAGCAGAGUCCGCCGGGCGCCUGCAGAGGAAGCGGCUGCUGAAGGAGUUCUACAGCGCCGACAGCGCGCCCGCGCCGUCACACAAUCCGUCGAACGGACUCCAUAAACCGCAAUCGUUAGACAGUUUGCCUUCUUCUCCUUCGACGUCUUCCAGCAAAGAUGCUGAUGUCCACGUGCUGGUGCAUGUUCAAAAGCAUCUAAGCGCUCAGGUGAGCCACCAGCAGUACGUGUUCCUGAUGCGUCUGCAGCGCAGCAUCAAGGCACUGCAGCAGACCUUGCAGCAGGACUUGGAGGAGAUGGGAGGGCUGCGCAAGGCUCCGGCUCAGCGCCCCGCCGACCACCGGCCCUUCACCGUCUGCCUGGGCCUCCUGCUCAAGAGCGCCGAGGUCUCCCUCCUCCUCAAGCCCGUCGCUCAGCCGGAAGGCUCCGGAUCUCCUCUCGGUUCUGAGCUGUCCCCUUCGGAAAGCAGAGGAACCAUGGAGCCGGGCGCAGAGAGAGAAGGUAAAGGGAGCUCCAGCGUGGAUCAAAUGUUGUGUGGAGACGUCGCCGACGCAAAAGCGCCACGGGGGCCCGACCCGCUCGUGCCCACCGCCGCUGUGGCGUCAAAUCCCAAACCCUCACUGGAGGAGAGGACUCCUUCUGCUAAGAAUGCUGGGAGGUGGAAUUCCGAUGAAGGUGAGGAGAUGGUGGCCGAGGUUUUCGCCGGCGAGGACGAAAGCGGGUUGCAAAAAGCGGCAGGUGAGCCGCUUUGUGAGGACAAAGCUGCGGCCGCCAAGACGCCCCAGUUCACAUCCAGGAAAGGAAGUUUGUCUGUCGUUUCCGAUCUCCUCAGCUCCUCAUCUACCAGCAGAUCCACCUCUCUUUAUUCCAUGUCCAACAUCGGGCGUCUGAUGCGCGACCGCUCGCAGUCCACUUUCUCGGUGUCCUACAAGACCAUGAAGAAGAGUCCGUCGCUGCAGUCGCUGGACAACGUAUCCAUUGACAGCUACCUGCUGGAGGACGGCGACGCCUACAGCCUGCUGGAAAGAGAUGACAUGUCCAUCUCAGGAUUCAAGGCCACCAACGAGAGCUCGGCGGAGGCCGCCGCCGCCGCGCCCGGCCCGGAGCAGGAAGGAGGCGUGUCCCCCGACACCGUCAGCGCCGCGUCGCAGAGCAUCGACGAACCCUCCAAGGACAUCGUGUCGGUGCUGGUGCUGAAGGUCCACUCGGUGUGCGUGGGCGUGGAGGCGGUGGGCGAGAGCACCGCCGUGGCCCUGGAGGUGGACAAAGUCACGCCCGUGCAGCUGGGCAACAUCAGCCUGCGGCAGUACCUCAGCAGCCGCAGCCUGGGAAUGGUGCGUUCAAUGCCGGCUCAGAGCAGCCAAGGCGGGGGCGAGGUGCGCUCACCGGCCACGGGGGCCCCCCGCCGCCGCCCGGAGCUGCUCGCCCGGCUGGAGAGCGGGCCGCACGCCGCCGCCCGCUCGCCGCUGGCCGAGCGUAACGGCUUCCUGCAGCUGCAUCUGCACGGCUACCGGGCCGGCCUGCUCGUGUCCACGCUGCGCAACCUGGCCCACUUCCUGGAGGAAGACGCGACGCCGCGGGUGCUGCCCAUGGAGAUCAGCGUACGGGACACGCACAUAUACUUGAAGGACGACGGGCAACGCGAAACCCCGUCCGACUCUGAGCCCAUCACGCUGCACGUGGACAGCCUGGUCGUCCACCGACGGGACGACGGCGCCUUCUCCGUCGGAGCGGACGCCCAGGCGAAACGCUCGUCGUCGACGGACGGCGCCUCGAGUCCCGUCGCCGAGGCCGCCCCCUCGACCCACGAACAAAUGCUGAUGGAGGAGAACGAAUGCCUGAAAGUGGAGCUGUCCCGGGCCAAAAUGGCGCUGGCCGAGGUUCAGAUGGAGAGGGACUCGCUGCUGCACCAAAUCAACAGCCUCAAGGUCAACACCAGCUAGCCGCUCGCCACGUGGACGUUUUCUUUCCUAACGUCAUGAUUCCUCCAUGAAGCAAUGCAGAGACUCAAGAAAACACGUUUUUUUUUUUUUUUUUUUUAACACAAAUGAAGUGUGCGUGUGUUGUGAUGUGGACUUAAAACGGUCGAAUCAAAUCUUCGUGAAUGUUACUGAGGAAUGUCGCCAGGAAAAGAUCAAUUUUGCACAUCAUGCUCUUAUUUGUGUGUGUGUUUUUUUUUGUCAUUUUAGAAUGUGGGAGCUCUUUUGUACACAGGUCAGAGCGGUUCCACAGUGUUGAAUGUGCGCACAUCUGUGAGAACUAGCAUUUCAUUCCCCAGAUGGGUUUUUAUGGGUUGGGCCGCUUCCCACCUAUUUUUCUAGGACAAAAUGUACAGCGCGUACGCGCAGCGUCGCUUCAAUGCUCUUUGUGCGUCUUUCUGCGCUUCAUUGAAAUGUACAAAAGGCAGGAUUAUUAUCACGUCAUAAUUUGUCUGUCGAAGCUGCUGACAUGCUGAUUAAAAAAAAAAAAAAAGAGCGAGAACUAAUGUGAAAAAAAUUACCUUUUUUUUGUUUUAGCCUUUUAUUUUGUAAUUUUUUUUAAAUA